GUUUGUUUGGAUUCACCAACCAUUUGGCAUUUACCAUGACAAUGGCAACAACUACAAAGCUCUGUUCUUUAAUGCAUGCCCUGUAGGUGUUUGACGGAUUGCCUCAGUGAGGAAGAGAGAGAGAUGGGAUGGGCGAUAGCGCUGCACGGAGGAGCAGGGGACAUCCCGGUAACGCUCGCUGAAGAGCGGAGGGCGCCAAGAGAGGCCACACUUGGACGUUGCCUGAGCCUUGGUGUUGCAGCGCUCAAAGCCAACCAGGCGCCACUUGAUGUUGUUGAGCUUGUGGUCCGUGAGCUGGAAAAUUGUCCGCAUUUCAAUGCUGGUAAAGGUUCUGUUUUGACAACCAAAGGUACAGUAGAGAUGGAAGCAUGUAUCAUGGAUGGUAUUACGAAAAACUGUGGUGCUGUUUCGGGUGUCUCUACUGUAGUGAAUCCGAUAUCUCUUGCGCGAGUGAUCAUGGAGAAGACUCCGCAUAUAUAUCUAGGAUUUGAUGGUGCUGAGGCAUUUGCUAGGGAGCAGGGUGUUGAAGUUGCAGAGACAAGUCAUUUCAUUACUCAAGAAAAUGUUGAAAGGCUAAAACAAGCAAAGGGAGCCAAUCGUGUGCAGAUUGACUACACUCAACCAAUAUCAGCCGUUAACGGUGACAGUCAAAUCGGGACGGUCGGGUGUGUAGCUGUGGAUGGUGCUGGAAACUUAGCUGCAGCAACAUCUACCGGUGGACUAGUGAACAAAAUGGCGGGCAAAGGCGAAUUCAUCAUCCGAGCUACUGUUGCCCGAGAUGUCGCUGCUGUGAUGGAAUACAAAGGACUUUCACUAAAAGAGGCUGCAACCUAUGUAAUCGACAGUGUUCCGAAGGGCAAUGCCGGUCUAGUUGCUGUUUCUGCCAACGGAGAAGUAGCUAUGCCUUAUAACACUACGGGUAUGUUCAGGGCUUGCGCGACCGAAGACGGUUACUCAGAGGUUGGAAUAUGGGACACUGAAGUGGAGCAUAAUUUCAUCGACAACUCGAAAAGUUGAUGAAUUCACCAAUCCAAAACUAAGUUAUUGUUCUCCAUUCAACUCUUCCUAAACUCUGAAUUAAAUAAAGGCUCUUGAAUUGUUAAGCAUGAUCAUGACCAUUUAUAUGUGAAAUCAUUCAUGCAGAUUCCUGCAAAGUUAUUGUGCCAACUCUCCCCACUUGAAAAGUGGAACAUCAGGCCCCCUAUUUCUUCUGCUUUAUUUCUAAUGAUGAUGAGUUGAAUUUCAUGCA